CUUUCACGGCUCCUACCGGAACUGACAGGCUGAAGCUCCGGUUCCGGUGUCGAUGAUGGCGCUGCCAGGUUGCCGGAGUGUUUUGGCUCUCGUGGUUAUCGGUAUAAUUGGAGGCUGUAUCCUACAUCCAGCUCGGGGAGCGGAUCCUUCUAAAUGGAGACUACAGAUGCCCCUGGAAAGUUCAUUUUUCUUUGGAAAGAUCCUUUUUCAGAACUCGACGAUCUUUAUCAAAUUUGAUGGGGAUCAUGAUAAGUGCAAUUCCAGUGUGACGUAUAACAUUACCUGGGUGCUGCGAUACUGUGACUGCUACAAUGAGAUCUCCAGUUUACAGGAACAGGACAUAAAGAAUGAUCUCACCUCGGCUGUAGUGUUGCGCAGCGGGUUUACUGGAUCUCAAGCCAACAUGACUAUUUCUGGCAAGAACUGCAAGGAGCUCCUCAACCCUAAGUUAUAUUACAGAGAAUUUCCUCUGCCGGUGAUUCUUAAUGAAGGCAAGCAAGAGAGGAGAGAAAAUGGAACAAAUAAAACAACGUCGGUGGAGAACACAGUAAUGAAUGCAGUCAUGAAGACAUGGCAGGAUGGACCAUAUAUCUUUAUAGUGAAUGUGACAAAAAACAUUCCGCAAGAUUCAAGCUCUAAAGACACAGCUUUACCCAGCAACAAAGAUCUUCCCUUUUCUAUGAUUGUGGAAGUAAAGGGCCCCUAUGAUUACCUAACACUUGCUGACUACCCACGUAUGGUUUUCUUUAUGGUGAUGUGCAUUGUGUAUGUGCUUUUUGGGGUUUUAUGGCUCGCCUGGUCAGCCUGCUACUGGAGAGACCUGCUGCGGAUCCAGUUCUGGGUUGGAGCAGUGAUAUUUCUUGGCAUGCUGGAAAAAGCUGUGUUCUAUGCAGAAUUCCAAAACAUCCGCUACCACGGAGAGCCAGUGGAAGGAGCUGUGAUCUUGGCUGAACUUUUAUCUGCUGUGAAAAGAUCUUUAGCCCGAAUACUCGUCAUUAUUGUCAGCUUGGGAUACGGUAUUGUUAAGCCUCGACUUGGAGCUACCUUACAUAAGGUUGUUAUGGCUGGAGCUCUCUACCUGCUAUUCUCUGCUAUAGAAGGUGUCCUCAGAGUCACAGGUCAUUACUUCAAUACCAUGGAGUUGAUAGCAAAUUUGAGCCUGUCAUUGAUCGAUGCCUGCAUAAUCUUUUGGAUCUUCAUAAGCUUGACACAAACCAUGAAACUGCUGAGGCUAAGAAGAAACGUGGUCAAAUUGUCUUUGUACAGACACUUCACCAACACCCUCAUCUUGGCUGUAGUAGCAUCAAUUAUAUUUAUAGUCUGGAUAACUAUGAAGUUCCGUUUGGUGGAUUGUCAGUCGGACUGGCAAGAGCUGUGGGUGGAUGAUGCCAUCUGGCGGUUGCUCUUUUCAAUGAUUUUAUUUGUAAUCAUGAUCCUAUGGAGGCCAUCUGCAAAUAACCAGAGAUUUGCCUUCUCUCCGCUCACUGAAGAAGAUGAGGAUGAUGAGCAGAAGGAGCCAAUGUUGAAAGAAAGCUUUGAGGGAAUGAAAAUGAGAAACUCAAAGCAGGAAACAAAUGGAAAUGCAAAAGUGUCCAAAACUGAGGAUGAUCUGAAAUGGGUAGAGGAGAACAUCCCAUCUUCUGUGACAGACGUAGCUCUCCCUGCGUUGCUGGAUUCAGAUGAGGAGAGAAUGAUAACGCACUUUGAAAGGUCCAAGAUGGAAUGAAGAGAUGGUUAAAAGGUCAACAAAUCUGGUGGACUCUGCCUGUGCGGAGGAGCAAUGCAACAUACAAAGCAUUUCAGAUACGGGGCCCCUUUCAUUGCAAAGGAGUGGCGUGAAAUCUUAACGCUCCUAAAUGAUUCCAUCAAUUGGGCUCUUUCUUAAAGUCAAAGAACAUGACCCAGUUCCUCUAUGUCUAGACACAUUGUCAGCCAUUGUCGCUAAUGUUAUAAAUAGGAUUUCUUCUACCAAACUCUUCUUAAUCCCUUUAAUGCCGCAGGAGCUGGAAUGCAUUGCUCCCAGCACUGCGACUUUUCCUGCACCUUAGGAUUAUACGCAUCAUUUAAUAUUACGCCGCUAAAGACCCAGAAAGGUUUCUUGUUCUUGCAUUUACAUGGUUGGCUAAUACUGGUGAAAGUUAUAGGGGACGCAGUUAUUUAAUUAUUUUUAUUGUGCUUUUUAUUUUUCUGGGCCUUUUUAUUUACAAAAUGCAAGUCUAAUUUUCUUUUGGUUGCGCUGCUCGUUCCUGACAAACCGCAUCAGACUUUUUUAAGACUGUAGGUUGAAACUGUGAAAUGGGCCAGUAGAAGAACUUUAUUACUGCUUCAGUUCUGCCACACAAAUGCCUUUGGGGGUUAGACGUAUGACCGGUCAAAACUAAAAAAAAAACAAAAAAAAAAAACUUGAGGAUAUUCUGAAAGCAA